GAGGAUGUGGCUGCUUCGGCUCGCCUGGGCACUGGCUGCGCUGAGCAUCAUGGCCAGCUCCGGCCCCAGCCCCAGCCCUGGCCCUGGCCCCACCGUGCCACCUCCAGACAAGGCCUCCAUCUUCGCCGACCUAUCUCCGGCAGAGCUGCGGGCCGUGCGGACCUUCCUGAUGAGCCGCCCGGAGCUGGGGCUGUCCCUGAGCCGUGGGGGGCCCCUGGCCAAAAACACCCUCUUCCUGGUGGAGUUGCUGCCCCCCAAGAAGCGGCUGGCACUGCGCUACCUGGACCAGGGUGGCCCGCAGCCCCGGCGCCAAGCUCGGGCCGUCAUCUUUUUUGGGGGGCAGGCAGAGCCCAACGUCACUGAAUUCGCUGUGGGGCCCCUGCCCCAGCCCAGCUCCUACCGGCCUCUGCGCUUCAAAGGGGGUCGCGCCAUCCCCUUCGAUGCCCGGCCCAUGACCCAGCUGGAGUACGAGCUCCUGCACCGCACGUUGGUGAAGGCGAUGGAGCCGCUUUACCGGCUGCUGCGUGACUCCACUGGCUUCUGGUACCACAACUGCUCCCAGCGCUGCCUGACCUUCUCGGACAUCGCACCGCGGGGGCUGGCGCCCGGCGAGCGCCGCACUUGGAUGGUGCUGCAGCGCUUUGUGGAGGGUUUCUUCCUGCACCCGGUGGGGCUGGAGGUGUUGGUGGACCACCGGGACCCUGACCCGGGGCGCUGGGCGGUGCAGCAGCUCUGGUACAAUGGGCAGUACUUCUCCAGCCCGCAAGAGCUGGCCCGGCGCUACGAGGAGGGGACGCUGGUGGUGGCCCACCUGGCUGAGCCCCCGUCCCAGCAGCUCUUCUCCAGCUACGAGCCCCGCGGGCACUUCGCCACUGAGACCCCCACCGAGGUGCACGGAGCCAAGGUGUGUGAGCCCCAGGGCCGGCGGUACCGGCUACGGGGCAACCAGCUGGAGUACGGGGGCUGGAGCUUGGCCUUCCGCCUGCGCUCCUCAGCCGGCCUCCAGCUCUUUGACUUGCGCUUUAAUGGGGAGCGCGUGGCCUACGAGGUGAGUGUGCAGGAGGCCAUCGCCUUCUACGGGGGGCACACGCCGGCCGCCAUGCAAACUAAGUACAUGGACGCUGGCUGGGGCAUGGGCUCCGUCACCUACGAGCUGGCCCGUGGCAUCGACUGCCCUGAGGUGGCCACCUACCUGGAUGCCCACCACCUCUACGAUGCUGACGGGCCGGUGCGCUUCUCCCGUGCCAUCUGCAUCUUCGAGCUGCCCACCGGCGUCCCUCUCCGCCGCCACUUCGACAGUGACUUCCAGGGAGGGUUUCACUUUUACGCUGGCCUGGAGGGGCAGGCACUGGUUCUGCGAACCACUUCCACCGUCUACAACUACGACUACAUCUGGGACUUCCUCCUCUACCCCAACGGUGUGAUGGAGGCCAAGGUCCAUGCCACUGGCUUCAUCCACGCCACCUUCUACACGCCGCAGGGCCUGCGCUAUGGCAGCCGCGUCCACAGCCACGUCCUGGGCAACCUCCACACCCACCUGGUGCACUACAAGGUGGACCUGGACAUUGCAGGCACCGGCAACAGCUUCGAGACGAUGGAUGUGCGCUUUGAGAACAUCUCCAACCCCUGGAGCCCCGGUGCCCGUGUGGUGCAGCCCUGGCUGCACCGGCAGCCCCGCCGCAGAGAGCGCCAGGCCGCCUUCCCCUUCGGCAAGGCGCUGCCGCGCUACCUGCUCUUCUACAACCCUCACCGGCGCAACCGCUGGGGCCACGCGCGCAGCUACCGCAUCCAGCACAGCUCCCACGCCGGGCGCGUGCUGCCGCGCGGCUGGCAGGAGGAGAAGGGCAUCUCCUGGGGCAGGUGGGGCGGGGGGGCCCCAAUGGGCCUGAUCCUGCCCCCCAUCCCUCACAGGUAUCACCUGGCCGUGACACGGCACCAUGAGAAUGAGCCCAGCAGCAGCAGCAUCUAUGCCCAGAACGACCCCUGGGAGCCCCUGGUGAGCUUCGAGGGGUUCCUCCGAGACAAUGAGACCAUCGAGGACCAGGAUCUGGUGGCCUGGGUGACCGUUGGCUUCCUGCACGUCCCACACGCCGAGGACAUCCCUAACACAGCCACCCCCGGCAACGCCGUCGGCUUCUUCCUGCGCCCCUUCAACUUCUUCGACGAGGACCCCUCGGUGGCCUCGCGCAGCCCCGUCAUCGUCCGGCCGCUGGACCCCCCCACCUUCUCCCAGCUGGAGAUCCAGCGCUGGACACCCGCCAGCCCUGGCCCUUGUGUUGCCCCGGAGCCCUUCACCUACAAUGGCACGUACCGGCAGGAGUGACCUGCCCCAGAGGAUGGGGGCCAUGGGCACCCCAGAACGGGAGUGGCUGCGG